AACCCCUCAAUACGCCCACCAGCGCACUUUACCACGCUCCAACCGUCUAUCAGUCGUCACCACCUUUCGCGCCGGCGAAGACUUAGCUCUAACUCGUUACCCUCAAUAAAAAAACCCCACACAAACCCUAUUCAAACAUGUCCCUUGUUCUCUCUCCCCCAGCGCUGUCUCUCAGCCCCCAUGCGCACCGUAGCCCACCCCUCCCUCCCAUGUCUAUCCUGCGCCACCUAAAGUUACAUCACCAUCAACGACGUCGUCUAGCCACGCUCGCUGCUGCCGCCGUACGCCAGGACACCACAGUCUGGACUCAGGCGCCGCUCUCCGUGGUCGAAGCCGCAGCCGAGUCUCUCUUCCACGUCACCGUCGACCUCUCCGAUUCGCCGGACCUCGCCGCGUCCCACACACGUGCCGGGCAGUACCUUCAGCUCCGUGUACCUGACGUUGAGAAGCCGUCGUUUCUGGCCAUCGCGUCGCCGCCAUCGUUGGCGGAGUCCGGCGGCUCGUUCGAGUUCUUGGUGAAGAGUGUGGCUGGGUCGACAGCGGAGCUGCUCUGCGGGCUCAAGAGAGGGGACGUUGUGGAGCUGAGCCAAGUGAUGGGGAAAGGGUUUGAUACGGACCGUAUCGAUCCGCCCGAAGAUUAUCCUACGGUUUUGAUAUUCGCUACUGGAUCUGGAAUUAGUCCAAUCCGGUCUCUCAUUGAGUCUGGAUUUAGUGCUGCGAAGAGAUCUGAUGUGAGGCUCUAUUAUGGGGCUAGAAAUCUAAAAAGAAUGGCUUAUCAGGAUAGAUUUAAGGAGUGGGAAUCUUCUGGUGUUAAGAUUGUGCCAGUACUAUCACAACCAGAUGAAGAUUGGAAGGGUGAGAGAGGUUACGUGCAGGCUGCAUUUGCUAGAGCCAAGCAAAUUCUCAACCCUAUCUCCACUGGUGCUGUACUUUGUGGGCAGAAGCAGAUGGCUGAGGAGGUUACCUCGAUCCUUGUCGCAGAUGGGGUCUUGAGUGAAAAAAUCCUGAAGAACUUCUGAUUAAUACAAUGGAGUUCAUAUUGUUGUAUUUUUAUCGAUUUGUUCCCACUGCUGAAGAUAAAGUGUCUCAGCUUGGAAAAACAAAUAAAAAAGCAAUUUUGGGAUCGAGAGUAUGUACUCUGUAUGUUGAAACUGUGAAUGGCGACUAUUUCUUGCCUAUAAUGGUUACUGAGCUGGAGAAAUGGCACUGGCAAUAUUGACAUAAAUUUGAGAAA